ACUAUUAACCAAUUAUUUUUCUUUCAAAUAGGGAAAUAAAGAAAUACAAAUACAGCAGUAGUAACAAGCUGUCAAGAAUCGUGUUGAUAUAAGAAGACCUUGUCCUUCCAUUUACAGCUGACAGGCGAAUAGUCUUGGUCUUUAACUUUUCUUUGUUAAAGAUAGAGAAUGUCAGACCAUGUGCCAACAAGGGCCAAGAAACUGUGGGACGAGUGGAAUCUCCGUUGUGUUGUCCUAAUUAGUCUCUUGUUUCAAGUGGUUCUAAUAUUUUUAGCAGGUUCAAGAAAACGAAGGGCGAGCCUCUGGUUAACAUGGUUCAUAUGGAUCUGUUAUCUCCUCGCCGAUUGGAUGGCCGCUUUCGCUGUGGGGCUGAUCUCCCACGGCCAAUCCAACGCCAUCAGCAAGGAACUUGCAUCUUUUUGGGCGCCAUUUCUACUGCUCCACCUAGGCGGCCCCGACGCCAUCACCGCCUUCUCUCUUGAAGACAACGAACUGUGGAUCAGGCAUCUGCUCGGCUUUAUCAUCCAGCUUAUUGCUGUUGUCUACGUUUUCUUUCAGUCCCUCCCCAACUCUCAGUUCUGGCUGCUGACAGUCCUCAUGCUGCUCGCCGGAGCAUAUAAGUACACCGAGCGCACACGCGCUCUGUACGGAGCAUGUCUGAGUAAUUUCAAGGCUGCCCUUCUUCCAAAUCCCGACGCGGGACCCAACUACGCUCGGCUUAUGGAGGAAUACUCCGCAAUGGUGGCCGCUCGUGUCCCUGUUACGAUUGCGAAGGAACCCGAGAGGGGCUCUUCUUCAUUGUCGACAAACAACAAUGACAAUAAUAAUAUUUUCGAAACGGAAAUAUUGAGCCCCAUGGAAAUCGUGCUGAACGGGUACAAGUUCUUCAACAUCUUUAAGGGACUCAUUGUUGACCACAUGUUCAGCUUCCACGAGCGGAACGAAAGCCGCGACUUCUUCUUCCGGCGCCAGGCGGCUGACGCGUUUUCGGUAUUGGAGGUGGAGCUGAAUUUCAUGUACGAUGCACUCUACACCAAGAUGGUGAUGGUCAAUUCCAUUUUUGUGUAUCUACUACGUGGUGCAUGCUCUGUCCUCAUAGGUAUGUGUUUGCAGCAAUUCAUAUGCCUUCCUAAACACAACAUCAGCCUGUCUGAUAAAAUCGUCACAUAUGUUUUGCUUGGCGGUGCUGUUUGUUUGGAUUUGGUUGCUUAUUUCAACCUCCUUUUCUCCGACUGGACUAUUGUCUCGGCCAAACAGGCCAUGUCGAGGUUCCUUAUUAGAUCACCGUUCGGCAAACGAAACCACCGAUGGUCCAAUGCCAUGUCUCAACACAGCUUCAUUAGUUUCUGUCUGAAACCACGGUUCAGAUGGGUGAACACCGUAGCUGAUUUUCUCGGAGUUAAGGAUAUCCUUGAUGAGUGCAAGUACAAGAAAAGCAUCGUCUGCGAGCAGAACCUAAAGGAGUUCAUUUUCAACGAGCUUCGAACUAAGGCUCAGAAAGCACAAACCAACAAAAUGGCCAAGGAGAUAUAUUCAGCAAGGGGCGAAUGUGUUCUCUUGGACUACCCACGUCACUACUCCUAUCCUUUGAUCUCGUCCAGCGUGAGCGAUCUCGAGUCAGAGUACGACGAGAGCCUGCUGAUGUGGCACAUCGCCACCGAACUUUGCUAUUUCACGAGCACCGACCAAUCGAACAACAAUCCGAAUCGCGAAAUAUGCAAAGUCCUCUCGGACUACAUGUUGUACCUCUUGGUCAUGAGGCCGAAAUUGAUGUCCGCGGUCGCAGGUAUAGGGCAGAUACGCUUCACCGACACCUGUGAGGAAGCUAAAAUUUUUUUCCAGAGGUGGCGGCACGAAUUAAUAUCAACAUGGUCAACGCCCACCAAUAUUGGCGAUCGUAAAGUUUCGGCAUGCGAAAAGCUUAUGAGUGUGAAGACAGUCGUGAAGCCUAGAGAAGUGAAGGGUGAUAGAAGUAAAUCGCUGCUGUUCGAUGCGUGUAUGCUUGCGCAUGAGCUGGAGAAAUUUGGGGAGGUUAGGAAAUGGGAGAUGAUGAGCAAAGUGUGGGUGGAACUGUUGGCCUAUGCCGCCAGUCACUGCCGCGCUAACGAGCACGCUAGGCAACUCAGUGAAGGCGGGGAACUGAUCGUGUUCGUGUGGCUGCAAAUGGCACAUUUUGGGUUGGGAGAGCAGUUCAGGAUAGAGGCUGGACAUGCUAGAGCUAAAUUACUAGCUAAGGAAGUGAAUACUGAAUACCCAUGAAUGAAUGAAUGUAUAUAUUCCGACGCCACACCCGAGAAAAUAAGCGUGUUCGUUCAUCUUUAGAUUCGUUAUCUGCAGAGUUGUUUGUAAUCUCCAUUAAAUCUCAGCUUUCAAAUUUAUUUUGACACAUUGUGUAUUUUUAUCCAUUUCUAUAUAAAAAAAAAUUAUAUUAAAUGAUAGAUUUCAUUAAAAGCUUAAGGUUUU